UCCUACAAGAUGUUUUGUUCAUUGAUGUAAUGUAAUUUUCUUGUUGUGUACGUUAUCGGCAUAUGUGGUACUCUUUCCUACUCCGGAGUUUUUCCCUUGUGGUUUUCUCUGGGAAGGUUUUAACGAGGCCACGCAUGACAUGCCUUUUCUUCCUCCCUUCUAGUAGAAUGAAUUCAACCUUUUCAAAAAAAAAAAAAAAAAGGCUUAUUAUCACAAAACGUUCCUAACGUUUGCGAAACUAUCAUAUUACAUUUUUAAAUUUUUUUUUAUCACUCAUUAUCCCUAACGUUAAUAUAAAUACUCUUAAAUAGUCUUUUCAUUAAAAAAAUAGUUAAAUCCCGAAUUUUAUGAGGGAUAUAAUCCUCAACUCCCUUUUACCUCUCACGCUUCAAAUAUAUUUCCUCGUGGUCAUCGUCAACAUCAUCAGACCAUUUCUACGCUUUUUCUGAGAAAUAGGGUUUUUCAAUCGUGGGAAAUUGGGCGAUAAAGCUUCUGCAAAAAUGUCUGAGAGAAGAUGGAUGAGGCAAAUGAGCGUUGGGAGACCAAGACCAAACCUACAUUUGUGCACCCAAGGGUCUUGACCAGGUGUAGAAUCUCCAUAUCCAAGCAAUUGGAGAUGGCAGCGAGGCCUACGUUACUGACUAAAAGCUUUUCUAGAUGGAUCUCAACCAUGGAGAGUACAAAUCAGAGUAGCAGAGAAGCUUCAAAGCUCAGACUGAAACGACAAGUCGUCGGCAAGUGUGAUCGCAGUAUGCUUCUAGCCACGACGACGACAUGCCGGCAGAUCGCAAAAGAUUCGUCGUCGGCCUCCAUCGGCAGAUCGCAGCCGUUGAUUUGGGCUUGGAGCGAUGGCUGUUGCGGCAAAGCUUCUCGGCAAAAGUGUCCGGAAGUGAUUUUUUUAUGGAAGUCAUGUAGGGGUUAAUGUGAUGGAACUGAAUGUGGUUGAUGAUAUAAUUGAAUGUAUUAGUUUAUUCAAUUUGUUCAAGGUAUGUUGUUUACAGUUCAAUUUGUUUAUGUUAAUCCCUUUCAUUUUCACCCCUUACCUUUAGCAAUUCCAACAAGAAAUGGAGGGAAAUGGUUCCAAAUUGGUGACGGGUCUGAGUCAUUGAAGAGGUCAAAAGGAUUGAUUUGAAUAUUAUACUCCUCAAUUUAACAGUUUUUUUAACGGAUAGAUUAUUUAAAAGCACCCAUAUUAACGUUAGGGACCAUAAGUGAUACAAAAAAACUUUAAGGAUGCAAUCUGAUAGUUUCGCAAACGUCAUGGACGUUUUGUGAUAA